AUUGGAGUGACUUUUACUAUAUCCCUUCGCUAUUCAACGCCGACCUUUUUUUCCCAUAACUUUCUGCGCCACAUUUAACGUCACUCGCUUCUCUACCCCCAAAUAUUCUCACAAAAUCAGCAGCUUUUUACACUGCUUUUGUCCUUCCCCCCAAAUUCACCCACAAAAAUCCACCGCCCCGCCGCCGCCCAUGGCGCUGAGCAAUAACAUCACCGCCAUCGUAAACUUCGUCGCCCUCCUCUGCUCCGUCCCCAUCAUAGCCUCCGGCAUAUGGCUCGCCGCCCAGACCGACAACGAGUGCAUCCACUGGCUCCGGUGGCCGCUCGUCGUCCUCGGCCUCGCCUUCCUGCUCGUCGCCCUCGCCGGAUUCGUCGGCGCCUACUGGAAGAAGGAGGGCCUCCUCGGCCUCUACCUCGUCUGUAUGUUCAUCCUCAUCGUCCUCCUCCUCGCCCUUCUCGUGCUCGCGUUCGUCGUCACGCGCCCCGACGGCGCGUACCCGGUCGACGGGAUGGCCUCUCGCGAGUACAGGCUCGGGGGUUACUCGUCCUGGCUCAGGGAUCGGAUCGCCGACAGCGACAGCUGGGGGAGGAUAAGGGCGUGUUUGGCGGAUUCCCAGAUCUGCACCAAGCUCGCCGGUCGGUACGUCUCGGCGGCGGAUUUCUUCGCGGCGGAUCUUUCGCCAAUUGAGUCGGGAUGCUGUAAGCCUCCAAUAAUGUGUGGGCUCACGUACUCGACCCCAACAACUUGGGUAGGGACACCAAAUGUAGCAGCAAAUACCGAUUGUGCCCUCUGGAAUAAUGACCCCAGCCAGCUGUGCUACAGUUGUGAUUCGUGCAAAGCUGGCUUGCUCGGAAACUUGAGGCAUGAAUGGAGGAGAGCAAAUGUCAUACUCAUUAUUACAGUUGUCGUCUUAAUUUUCUUGUAUGUUAUAGCUUGCAGUGCCUACAAAAACGCCCAAACCGAAGAACUUUUCCGCAGGUACAAACGAGGAUGGGCUUAAAACCAAACAUAGUUGCUGGAAAAAGUAAUUCGUCGUAAGUGAAGACAUGAGGCUGGGUUUUCUUGCUUUUUUUCAUGUAAAAAUGUUAUUUGAUGUUGUGUUUCUUGAAGAGUUUGUAGAUAUUCUUUUGUAGAUUGGGUUUCUGCUGUGUUUAGAGUGUAAAAGUACAACAUGUGGAACUUUAAAGGUAGGAGAUGGUUAUGGGUGGGAUAUAAUGUUCAGAUAUUCUUGACUUGUAACUUGAAAAAGAAUAAGAAUCAAUCCGAACCUUUUACCGUUCUUUUUAUUUAUUUAUUUUUUCUCAUUUUGGAAGAAAA